AUGACACUCAGUGUCUUGGAGUCCAGCACGGUGCCAGUCAAGACCUCUGUAUCACCCACUUUGAAUAUCAGAGCCAUUGAGAGUAUUGACUCAAAAACAGAUACAAGUGCUUUCGCAGUUCCUCCACCCUCCACCCAGUUCACAAAACCCGAGGACACUGUGGAGCGGCACACAAAGAAACCCAAUGGAGCGGCCCCCAGAGGCACCGCGGGACCCAUCGAGGGCCCUCUGGCAGCCACAUCACCUGCUGGUUCUAAAGGUGCAGCCACAGGGAGGACAGGAAGAGCAGAGACCACACCUCUGCAGACCACCGCCAUCCCCUCUUUCAUCACCUGGAUCUCCAUCCCCACCUCAGAAGACCUGAAGCUCCAGCUAUCAGGGGAAACCAUCAGCGCAGCCCCAGAGGCAGCGGCUUCCUCGGCCACGGGUCUUAGAGAACCUAUCACCAGCACAGCUGUGCCCGGGACAAGCCCCUCUCUACUCAACAGAGAACCAGAGGCCACAGCCUUAUUGGUCCCCAGUCCAGGGGCACAGACCAGUUCAGCUGUCCCAACUCUGGCUGCGUCUUCUACUGAGUCAGAUUCAACAGCCUCACAGGUCACCCAACCUGAGAUACAGGCAGGUCACUCCACCUCAACCCCGCCCGUCUCUUCGGGUGCAUCAGGACUGGAGGCCUCUCUGACCACUGGUUCCGAGGCAGUGACCACAGCACCUUUCUCUAGAACCAGCCCUAAUUUUCCCCAGGGUCAACCACACCUCCCUUCCUCAAUGGAUACCAGUACUGGGACAGAAUCCGCUUCUGCCGUUCCAACAAUGACUGCAUCGCCUGACAGACUAGAACUGGUGACCUCACAGCUCCCUAGCUCUGGGACAGACACCAGUUCAACUAGACCAACUCAAACCCCUUCUGAUAAACCAGGGACCACAGCCUCUCUGGCCACCAGCCGCGGCACAGCGAAGAUGCCAGCCACUCCAAAUCCCUCCAUCUCACCGGACGUAUCAGAGGGGGCAACGUCACUGGUCACUAGUUCUGGCAGAGAGACAAGUACUGCUCCUCCAGCUCCCACUGCUUCCCCAGGUCACCCGGAUACCUCAGGGGUCACCCAGGCUGAGACAGAAGCCAGUUCCCUUGUUUCAGCAGAGACGAUUUCCCCUGGAGAACCAGAUACCACAACCUCACGGCUCACUCACCCUGCAGAGGCCAGCACAGCAGUCCCCAGGACCACCCGAAGUUUUUCCCAAGGUGAAUCAGAUACCAUGCCCUCAACAGCCGCCGCGCCUGGAGAAGAAGCCAGUUCUGAUAUCCCAGCCACAGGGGUCCCACCUGAUAUCCCAGAUACGGUGACCUCACUCGCCACUCCUUAUACAUCAGUGACCGUUAGGAAUAUUCCAACCCUGACGGUUCCAGCCGGUGAGCCGGAGACCACAGCCUCAUUGGUCACCCAUGCUGGGCCACCGACAGGUUCACCCGCUCCAGCUCUGACCGUCUCCCCUCGCAUGCCAGGGACAGGGACUGCAUGGGUCACCGGUUCUGGAGCUCAGACAAGUUUGCUUCCAACUCGGACUCUUUCCCCUGACCAACCAGAGACCACAGCCUCGUGGGUCACCCGUCCUGGGUCAGAAGCCAGUUCUGUUGCCCAGACUCUGACGGCUUCACCCAGUAGGAGAGAGACCACAGAGUCAUUGGGCCUCCAUCCUACGGAGACCAGCCCAGCGGUCCCCAGGACAACCGGAAGCUUUUCUCCUAGUGAAUCAGAUACCACACCCUCAACAGCCCUUGUUCCUGGGGAAGAAGCCAGUUCAGCUGUCUCCGCCUCCACUGUGUCACCUCAGGUGCAAGAGGCAGUGACCUCACUGGUCACUAGUUCUCUGACAGUGACCAGUACAAGUCCUCCGAGCCUGGCUCUUUCUUCUUCUCAAUCAGAUACCGCAGCCUCACCGGUCACCCAGACUGGGGAGCAGACCAGUCCAGCCGUUCUAACUAGGACUGUCCCUCCUGGUGGAAAAGGACUGGUGACCUCACUGGUCACUCGUUCUGGGACAGAGACAAUUACAACCACUCCAGCUCUGACCCUUUCCCCAGAUCGACUGGGCACCACAACCUCGCGGGUCCCUCAUCCCGGGGCUGUGGCCGGUUCAGCUGUGCCCACCCCGACGGUUUCCCCUGCUGAGGUCCCUUUGACGGUGUAUUUUACUAUCAACUUCACCAUCACCAACCUGCCCUACACGGAGGACAUGGGGCUUCCAGGCUCUGGGAUAUUCAAUGCCACCGAGAGGACCCUGCAGCACCUGCUCAAGCCCUUGUUCAGGAACAGCAGUCUCGGCUCCUUCUACGCUGACUGCAGGCUGAAAAUGCUCAGAGCCGAAAAGGAUAAGAUGAGCACCAGGAUCGACGCAGUGUGCAGCUACUAUUCAGGUCCCACAGGCCCCCGGCUGGACAGGGAGCAGCUGUACUGGGAGCUGAGCCGGCUGACCCACGGUGUCACCCAGCUGGGCCCCUACUCUCUCGAAAGGAACAGUCUCUGUGUCAAUGGUUAUAGCCAUCAGUACUGGGCUUCAACCAAGAGCACUCCGGCUGCAGGUCUACAACCAGUCAUGGUGACAUUCACCCUGAACCUGACAAUCACCAACCUAUAUUACACCCCAGACAUGGGGCGCCCAGGCUCCUUGAACUUUAACUCCACAGAGAAGGCCCUGACUCGCCUGCUCGAGUCUGUGUUCAGGAACACCAGCAUCGGCGCCAGCUACUCUGGCUGCAGACUGUCUUUGCUCAGGUCCAAGAGUGAGGCGGUGACCACCGUGAAUGCCAUCUGCACCUACUUUCCUGACCCCACGAGUCCUAGUCUGGACCGAAAGCAGCUGUACCAGGAAGUGAGCCAGCUGACCCACGGAAUCACCCGGCUGGGCCCCUACACCCUGGACAGAGACAGCCUCUAUAUCAAUGGUUACAACCAACGGUCCUUGGCCCUUACCACCAGCACUGCAGGUACAAGCUCGUACCUGGUAUCCUUCACCCUCAACUUCACCAUCACCAGCCUGAACUACACAAAGGACAUGGAGCCCCCAGGAUCUGAGAUAUUCAAGACCAUAGAGAGGAUCUUGAAACGCCUGCUCAAGCCCGUGUUCCAGAAUAGCAGUAUUGGGCACCUGUAUUCUGACUGCAAACUGACCUUACUCAGGCCUGAGAAAAACAGAACAGCUACUGGAGUGGACGCAGUCUGCACCUACCGUCCUGACCCCAUGGGCCUCGAGCUGGACAGAAAGAAGCUGUACUGGGAGCUGCGCCACGAGACCCACGAUGUCACCCAGCUGGGCUUCUUCACCCUAGACAGGGACAGUCUCUAUGUCAAUGGUUAUAACCAUCAGGCCUCGGGUCCCUCUCUCAGCACCGCUGUGAGCUCUACUAUGUUCCCAACGACUUCCACGGCGCACGCCCACCUCUCCAGCUCCACAGCUGCAGUGGCGGUCCCUUUCCAGCUGCCAUUCACCCUCAACUUCACCAUCACCAACCUGGAGUACGAGGAGGACAUGCAGAACACGGGCUCCAGAAAGUUCAGCUCCACCGAAAGAAUCCUGCAGUAUCUGCUCAAAACCAUAUUCAAGAACAGCAGUCUGGGAUACCUCUAUUCGGGCUGCCGAUUAUCCACGCUCAGACCUGAGAAGGACGGGGCAGCCACCAGAGUGGACCUGAUCUGCACACACCGCCCCGACCCUAAAGGCCACAUAUUGGACCGAGAAAGACUGUACUGGGAGCUGAGCCAGCUGACCUAUAACAUCACCCGGCUGGGACCUUACACCCUGGACAAGGACAGCCUCUAUGUCAAUGGUUUCACCCAUUGGAGCCCUUCCCUCGUCACCAGCACUCCUAGGAUCUCCACGGUGGACCUGAGAACUUCUGAGUCUCCAUUCUCCUUCCCCAGCCACACAGCCGUGAGCCCUGCCCUGAUGCCCUUCACCCUCAACUUCAUCAUCACCAACCUGCAGUACGUGUCCGACAUGAGGCAUCCAGGAUCUGACAAGUUCAACACCACCGAGGCCAUCCUGCAGCGCAUACUUGGCCCUGUGUUCAAGAACACCAGUAUUGGCCCCCUCUACACUGGCUGCAGGCUGACUUCACUCAGGUCUGAGAGGAACGGGUCAGCCACCAGAGUGGACAUCAUCUGCACCCAUCGCUCUGAGCCCACCGGCACGGGGCUGGACCGAGAGCUGCUCUACUGGGAGCUGAGCCGUGAGACUCGUGGCGUCACCCGGCUGGGCUUCUUCACCCUGGACAAGGACAGCCUUUAUGUCAACGGUUACACGCACUGGGCCCUGACUCCUGUCCCCACGACUGAUAUGGCCUCUGUCAUCUCCCCGGUGACUUCUGCACUCCCGGCCCCAAUCUCCACAGCCACCCCUACAGCGGCUGGCUCUAUGCUGGUGCCGCUCACCAUCAACUUCACCAUCGUUGAUCUGAUGUACGAGGAGGAGAUGCGUCAACCCGGAUCCUGGAAGUUCAACAUCACCGAGAGAGUGCUCCAGAAGCUGCUCAGGCCCUUGUUCAAGAACACCAGUAUCGGCCCUCUGUAUUCUGGCUGCAGGCUGACUUUGCUCAGAUCUGAGAAGGGUGGAACGGCCACUGGAGUGGAUGCCGUCUGCACCUACCACCCAGACCCCUCAGGCCUGGGGAUGAACAGAGAGCGGCUGUACUGGGAGCUGAGCCAGCUGACCCACGGCAUCACCCAGCUGGGCCCCUACACCCUGGACAGGAACAGUCUCUAUGUCAAUGGUUACACCCACCAGAUCAUGGCCACCACCACCAGGACUGCCAGCCUUACCCUGCAGCACUUCACCGUCAACUUCACCAUCCUCAACCUGCCCUACAUGGAGGACAUGCAGCCCGGCUCUGUGAGGUUCCAGUCCACAGAGACAACUCUGCAACACCUGCUCAAGUCCUUGUUCACCAACUGCAGCAUCGGUUCACUCUACGACGGGUGCACACUGUCCUUACUGAGGCCUGAGAAAGGUGGGACAGCCACUGGAGUGGACGUCAUCUGCACCUAUCAUCCUGACCCUGGGGGCCUCGGGCUGGACAGGGAACAGCUCUACUGGGAGUUGAGCCGCUUGACCCACGGUGUCACCCGGCUUGGCUCCUACAUCCUGGACAGAGACCACCUUUAUGUCAAUGGUUUCACCAGGCCAGUCCUGACCUCCCCGGCCCCUGCAGUCCCUGGCGCUGCUCUAGUGUCAUUCAGCCUUAACUUCACCAUCACCAACCUGCUUUAUGUGGAGGAUAUGCAGCUCCCAGGCUCUGUGAGGUUCAACAAAACCGAGAAGGCUCUGCAGAAGCUGCUCAGGUCCCUCUUCCAGAGCACCAGUGUCGGCCUGCAGUACUCUGGUUGCAGACUGAUCUCUCUCAGGCCAAAGAAUGGCGGCGCCGCCACAAGCGUAGAUGUGCUCUGCACCCACCACCAGAAAUCGGGGGCUCCAGAGCUGGACAGAGAGCAGCUGUACUGGGAGCUGAGCCUGCUCACCAAAGGGGUCACUCAGCUGGGCAGCUACACCCUGGACCGGAACAGUCUCUUCGUCAACGGUUACACCCACCGGACUGCAAUGACCACCACCAGUGUGACRGGACUGGCCCUGGAGUCCAUCACCAUCAACUUCACCAUCACCAACCUGCAGUACAAGGAGGACAUGCAGCCCCCAGGGUCCUUGACYUUCAAGACCACAGAGAAGGCUCUGCAGCUCCAGCUAGGGCCCUUGUUCAAAAACACCAGCGUGGGUCCCUUGUACUCUGACUGCAAAGUGAUUUUGCUCAGACCCAGGAAAGAUGGAUUGGCCACCAGGGUGGACGCAGUCUGUAACUACCGUCCUGACCCCAUGGGCUCCAAGCUGGACAUAAAGCAGCUGUACUGGGAGCUGAGCCAGCUGACCCACGGCAUCACCCAGCUGGGCCCCUACACCCUGGAGAGGAACAGUCUCUAUGUCAAUGGUUAUACCCACCAGGCCACAGCAACGACUCCCAGUGACCUGACUCAAGGGGACCUCUCCUCUCCCUCCACGGAUGCAACCUCAGGACUUCGCCUGCAGUCCUUCACCCUCAAYUUCACCAUCACCAACCUGCGCUACGAGGAGGAAAUGCAGCCCCCAGGGUCUUGGAUUUUCAACAGCACAGAGAAGACUCUGCAGCAGCUGCUCAAGUCCUUGUUCACCAACUGCAGCAUCGGUUCACUCUACGACGGGUGCACACUGUCCUUACUGAGGCCUGAGAAAGGUGGGACAGCCACUGGAGUGGACGUCAUCUGCACCUAUCAUCCUGACCCUGGGGGCCUCGGGCUGGACAGGGAACAGCUCUACUGGGAGUUGAGCCGCUUGACCCACGGUGUCACCCGGCUUGGCUCCUACAUCCUGGACAGAGACCACCUUUAUGUCAAUGGUUUCACCAGGCCAGUCCUGACCUCCCCGGCCCCUGCAGUCCCUGGCGCUGCUCUAGUGUCAUUCAGCCUUAACUUCACCAUCACCAACCUGCUUUAUGUGGAGGAUAUGCAGCUCCCAGGCUCUGUGAGGUUCAACAAAACCGAGAAGGCUCUGCAGAAGCUGCUCAGGUCCCUCUUCCAGAGCACCAGUGUCGGCCUGCAGUACUCUGGUUGCAGACUGAUCUCUCUCAGGCCAAAGAAUGGCGGCGCCGCCACAAGCGUAGAUGUGCUCUGCACCCACCACCAGAAAUCGGGGGCUCCAGAGCUGGACAGAGAGCAGCUGUACUGGGAGCUGAGCCUGCUCACCAAAGGGGUCACUCAGCUGGGCAACUACACCCUGGACCAGAACAGUCUCUUCGUCAACGGUUACACCCACCGGACUGUGAUGACCACCACCAGUGCCUCAGGACCUCCCAUGGAUUCCUUCACCCUCAACUUCACCAUCACCAACCUGCGCYACGAGGACGACAUGCAGCCCCCAGGGUCCUUGACCUUCAACACCACUCAGAAGGUCCUGCAGCACCUGCUYGGACCCUUGUUCAGGAACACCAGUGUGGGUCCCCUGUUCUCUGGCUGCAGACUGACUUUGCUCAGAUCUGAGAAGGAUGGGUCAGCCACCAGGGUGGACGCUGUCUGCACCUACCAUCCUGACCCCGUGGGCCCCAAGCUGGACAGAGAGAAGCUACCCUUGUUCAAGAACACCAGUGUGGGUCCCCUGUACUCUGGCUGCAGACUGACUUUGCUCAGGUCUGAGAAGGAUGGGUCAGCCACCAGGGUGGACGCUGUCUGCACCUACCAUCCUGACCCCGUGGGGCCCAAGCUGGACAGAGAGGAGCUGUACUGGGAGCUGAGCCCACUGACCCACAACAUCACCCAGCUGGGCCCCUACACCCUGGACCAGAACAGUCUCUAUGUCAAUGGUUACUCCCACCAGGCCACAGCAACUACUGCCACUGGUGAGUCCACAGUGACCCUGUCAUGGUCCCUUGCCCUCCAGAGCACAAGCAGCAGACCCCUGCCCACAUCUCCAGCUGAUGGGUCAGCCACCAGGGUGGACGCUGUCUGCACCUACCAUCCUGACCCCGUGGGCCCCAAGCUGGACAGAGAGAAGCUGUACUGGGAGCUGAGCCCACUGACCCACGGCAUCACCCAGCUGGGCCCCUACGCCCUGGACCAGAACAGUCUCUAUGUCAAUGGUUACACCCAACAGGCCACAGCAACUAUUCCCAGUGGUGAGUCCACAGUGACCCUGUCAUGCUCCCUUGACCUCCAGGGGACCCCUUAUCUCUCCUCUCCCUCCCCUGAUGCAGCCUCAGGACCUCCCCUGGAGUCCUUCACCCUCAACUUCACCAUCACCAACCUGCGCUACGAGGACGACAUGCAGCCCCCAGGGUCCUUGACCUUCAACACCACUCAGAAGRHCCUGCAGCACCUGCUUGGACCCUUGUUCAGGAACACCAGUGUGGGUCCCCUGUACUCUGGCUGCAGACUGACUUUGCUCAAGCCGGAGAAGGAUKGGGCUGCCACCAGAGUGGAUGCUGCUUGUACCCGCCGCCCCAGCCCCACAAGUGUCGGACUGGACAGAAAGCAGUUGUACGAGCAACUGAGCCAGCUCACCCAGGGYGUCUCCCAGCUGGGGCCCUACACCCUGGAUAAGGACAGUCUCUACGUUGAUGGUUAUACCCGCCAGGCCUCGACCACUACCUCCAGCAUCAAUGGCUCCUCCGUGGUAGCGGUCACCCUCAACUUCACCAUCACCAACAUGCGACACACGGAAGAGAUGGAGCACCCGGGGUCCUUGAAGUUCGUCUUCACUGAGAAGAUCCUGCAGCGCCAACUCAAGACCUUGCUCAACAAGACCAGCKCAGGUCCCCUCUACGGCGGCUGCAGGCUGGCCUCGCUCAGGCCUGAGGAUGGCGGAGCCUCCACGGGAGUGGAUAUGAUCUGCACCUUCCACUCUGACCCCGUGGGCGCCAGGCUGGACACGGAGCGGCUGUACUGGGAGCUGAGCCACGAGACCCAGGGUGUCACCCGGCUGGGCUCCUACACUCUGGACAGGAACAGUCUCUACGUCAAUGGUUACACCUUUGGAGCCGCGGCCCUAACCCCCACCACUGGGGAGGUCAGCAGGGAGCCCUUCACCCUGAACUUCACCCUCCGAAACCUGCGCUACUCGUCUGAAAUGCGCCACCCCCGAUCCCUCAAGUUCAACAUCACGGACACCCUCAUGCAGCACCUGCUCAGCCCUUUGUUCCAGAGGAGCAGCCUGGGGGCCCAGUACAGAGGCUGCCAGGUCACAGCCCUAAGGUCUGUGAAGAACGGUGAGCAGACCCAGGUGAAUCUCCUCUGCACCUACCAGCGGCCACCCAGGGGCCCAGGUCUGUCAGCCCAGCAGGUGUUCCACGAGCUGAGAAGGGAGACUCGGGGCAUCACCAGGCUGGGUCCCUACUCUCUGGACAAGGACAGCCUCUACCUCAACGGUUACAAUGAGCGUGGUCCGGAUGAGCCUCCUCCAAAAGCGAAGCCGUCCACUCCUCUACCAACAGAAGUGCCCACCAGAAGUUCCGGCUCCCAGAACUUCCAGCUCAACUUCACCGUCACCAACCUGCUCUACACCCAGGACAUGGCUCAGCCGGGCACGGCCAGACACCAGCGGAACAAAAGAAGCCUGGAGAAUGCGCUCAACCAGCUUUUCCGGAACAGCAGCAUCAAGGGUUACUUUUCUGACUGUCAAGUUUUAGCAUUCAGGUCUGUCCCCCAUAGCAACCACACUGGGGUGGACUCCCUGUGUCACUACUCACCAUUGACCCGGAGAGUGGACAGAAUGGCCAUCUAUGAGGAAUUCCUGCGGCUGACCCAGAAUGGCACCCGGCUGCUGAACUUCACCCUGGACAGGAACAGUGUCCUUGUGGAUGGAUAUUCUCCCAUCAUAAAUGAUGUUAUGACUAGAACUUCUGCCCUUCCCUUCUGGGCCAUCAUCCUCAUCUGCCUGGCGGGACUCCUGGGACUCAUCGCGUGCCUGAUCUGCUGUUACCUGGUAACCAUGCGCCGGCGGAAGAAGGAGGGGAAUUAUGAGGUGCAUCACCGACCCCUGGGCUACUACGUGCCACACCUGGACCAGAGGAAGCUGCAGUGA